AUCGGACAAAAGCGAAGUGCACCUCCCAAAAGUCUGAAGCUCUGAACAGAUCCCCGUCAUCCACGCUAUUAUAAAUCAGUCUUCUCGAGUUCUUAUCCCAACCCAUGACAAAAACGAAACUUCUGGUCACUACAGAAAAAUCACCAAAACCUUUGAGAUUCUAUACAGAGAGAGAGAGAGAGAGAGAGGGAGAGAGAGAUGUUGGAAGGUAAAGGAAUGGUGAAGGAGACAGACAUGCCGGAGAAGAUGCAGAGCAAAGCCCUGGCUGCUGCUUCUCAAGCACUUGAUCUCUUCGAUGUCUCGGACUGCGUCUCUCUAGCUUCACAUAUCAAGAAGGAGUUUGACAGGGAAUACGGAAGUGGAUGGCAAUGUGUGGUGGGCUCAAACUUUGGGUGUUACUUCUCUCACAAGCAGGGGUCUUUCAUUUACUUUUCCUUGGAGAAGCUCAAUUUUCUCAUCUUCAAAGGAGUCGCUUCUUAGAGAGAGAGAGAGAGAGAGAUGCCAUGGCCUAUGGAUCUGGAGAGUUAUGCAGAUUUCCUAGUUUAGAGAUUCAUGAUGAUGAGGCUUUUUGAGUAUAUAUAUCAGAUGGUAAUGGUAAUAGACUUGCAGUUGUAAUUUAUUCUUGACCUACUUUUGCUCACAGAUGCUCUGCUUCAGAAGGUAUUGUAGGGCUGUAGCUACAGAUGUUUAUAUCAUAGUUCUACUGCGGUAUUGAGGAUCA